ACCGACCGAUUACGUCCAAGAUUAGCUUAAAAUUGAAUCAAGCUCGUGAUAAGAAGUCAUAGUGCCUAGUGCUUGUGUUCUGGGAUUAUCCUAAAGCUUUUUUCUUAAUAAAAGGAUUUACGUUAUUUAACCAAAAUUGCUAAUAGAAAGAAGCAACGUGCCAAGCGCAAUACGAUGGAGAAAAACAGCUCCAGCGUCAUUGUAGCGACAGCAACAACCCCAACAACCUCUGGAGCAACAACAACCACAGGAGGACCAGCAACAUCUGCAGGAACAGGAGGAUCAAUCAAAUCCAACGACAAACGUUAUAACAAGACGACCUGCAUUAAGAAAGUCAAAUUCUCCAGCGAAAGCUUAAAAGCCGAGGUUGAUGAAAUUUGUGAGCAGUUAAAGGAUAACGCCUUGAUUGAUCUAAGCAACGAUAAUUUAAGAGUAAAUUAUCGUCCACAUCAUCAGCAAAACAGCAUCAAUCACCACCACCACAACAACAACAAUAUCAGCAAUAAUAAGUACAACAUGAGCACAACAGAGGCCGAAAAUGAUGUGGCAACAGGCACUCCCACAGAUGCAGAGAGGCCUAGUUUUUUGGUGGGCGAUGAAAUCGAUGAGAAGGCAGCCGAAGCUGGCGAAGCAGUUGAUGAGUUCCCCCAAAAGCUGCAGAGCGAUAUACGCCAGAAUGGCGACAUAUCCGAACGACGCAAGCGACUGAGGCCCAGUAUGUCACGCGGUACCGGGUUGGGACAGGAUCGUCAUCAGGAUCGUGAUUUCCAUAUUGCCACCACGGAGGAGUUUGUAAAACGUUUCGGUGGCACUCGUGUCAUUAAUCGUGUCCUUAUUGCCAACAAUGGAAUUGCGGCAGUGAAAUGUAUGCGUUCCAUUCGUCGUUGGUCCUACGAGAUGUUCAAAAAUGAACGUGCCGUACGUUUUGUGGUUAUGGUCACUCCGGAGGAUUUGAAAGCCAAUGCCGAGUACAUCAAAAUGGCCGAUCAUUAUGUUCCCGUGCCCGGCGGUUCCAAUAAUAACAAUUAUGCCAAUGUUGAGCUCAUUGUGGAUAUUGCACUUCGCACUCAAGUUCAGGCCGUUUGGGCUGGUUGGGGUCAUGCCUCAGAGAAUCCGAAAUUACCUGAACUGCUGCAUAAGGAGGGUCUGGUCUUUUUGGGACCACCAGAACGUGCCAUGUGGGCUUUGGGUGACAAGGUGGCAUCCUCGAUUGUUGCUCAAACAGCUGAGAUACCCACCCUGCCAUGGUCCGGUUCGGAGCUGAAGGCACAGUAUAGCGGCAAGAAAAUUAAGAUUUCUAGCGAAUUGUUUGCCCGCGGUUGUGUUACCAAUGCGGAGCAGGGUCUGGCUGCAGUAAAUAAGAUUGGUUUCCCUGUGAUGAUCAAGGCAUCAGAAGGUGGUGGCGGCAAGGGUAUUCGUCGUGUGGAUACCGCUGAAGAGUUCCCCGCUCUCUUCCGUCAAGUGCAAGCCGAGGUACCCGGUUCACCUAUUUUCGUAAUGAAAUUGGCCAGCGGUGCCCGUCACUUGGAGGUCCAGCUGUUGGCUGAUCAGUAUGGCAAUGCCAUUAGUUUGUUUGGUCGUGACUGUUCCAUACAGCGACGCCAUCAGAAGAUCAUUGAGGAAGCUCCGGCUAUUGUGGCUCAGCCCGAAGUUUUCGAGGACAUGGAAAAGGCUGCUGUGCGUUUGGCCAAAAUGGUUGGCUAUGUCAGUGCCGGAACUGUGGAGUAUCUGUACGAUCCAGAGGGUAAAUAUUUCUUCCUCGAGCUAAAUCCACGUCUUCAAGUGGAGCAUCCUUGUACGGAAAUGGUUGCCGAUGUCAAUUUGCCAGCCUGUCAGCUACAAAUUGGAAUGGGUAUUCCCCUAUAUCGAUUAAAAGACAUUCGUCUACUGUACGGAGAGUCUCCAUGGGGCUCGUCAAUAAUUGACUUUGAGAAUCCUCCAAAUAAGCCACGUCCAUCUGGACAUGUGAUUGCUGCCCGCAUAACCUCCGAGAAUCCCGAUGAGGGUUUCAAACCCAGUUCAGGAACUGUGCAAGAGUUGAAUUUCCGGUCUAGCAAGAAUGUGUGGGGUUACUUCAGUGUGGCCGCAUCCGGAGGAUUGCAUGAGUUUGCCGACUCGCAGUUUGGCCAUUGUUUCUCAUGGGGUGAAAAUCGUCAGCAGGCUCGUGAGAAUCUUGUGAUUGCCCUGAAAGAGCUGUCCAUUCGUGGUGAUUUCCGAACUACUGUUGAGUACCUGAUCACAUUGCUGGAGACGAAUAGAUUUUUGGACAAUAGCAUAGACACAGCCUGGUUGGAUGCUUUGAUUGCUGAACGUGUCCAGUCGGAGAAACCGGACAUCUUGCUAGGCGUCAUGUGUGGUUCGCUUCAUAUCGCUGACCGUGAGAUCACGGAAUCUUUUUCAAGCUUCCAAACCUCGCUGGAGAAGGGCCAGAUACAGGCGGCCAACACUCUGACCAAUGUGGUCGAUGUGGAACUCAUUCAUGAUGGCAUCCGGUAUAAGGUGCAGGCAGCCAAGAGCGGAGCAAACUCCUAUUUCCUGCUGAUGAAUAGUUCAUUUAAGGAGAUUGAAGUGCAUAGGCUUUCGGACGGUGGUUUGCUUAUCUCAUUCGAAGGCGCUUCCUAUACCACCUACAUGAAGGAGGAGGUCGAUCGCUAUCGUAUCGUCAUUGGCAAUCAGACUUGUGUCUUUGAUAAGGAGAAUGAUCCUUCUCUGCUGCGAAGUCCAUCGGCUGGUAAGCUGAUCAAUCUGAUUGUAGAAGAAGGUGCUCAUGUGAGUAAGGGUCAAGCGUAUGCUGAGAUAGAGGUGAUGAAAAUGGUUAUGACCCUCACUUCCCUCGAAGCGGGCACAGUGACAUUUGUGCGACGGCCGGGUGCCGUUUUGGAGGCGGGAUCUCUGUUGGGUCACCUUGAACUGGACGAUCCUUCAUUGGUAACGAAAGCGCAGCCUUGCAAGAGCCAAUUCCCCACACCUGAGAAUGCACCAGUGCCAGAGAAGCUGAAUCGCAUCCAUAACACCUACAAGAGCAUCUUGGAGAACACUUUGGCGGGCUAUUGUCUGCCCGAGCCAUUUAAUGCCCAGCGUCUGCGUGACAUCAUUGAGAAAUUCAUGCAAAGCUUGAGAGAUCCCUCAUUGCCGCUGCUUGAAUUGCAGGAGGUGAUUGCCUCCAUAUCGGGACGUAUUCCCAUCUCGGUGGAGAAAAAGAUUCGCAAGCUAAUGACCUUGUAUGAGCGCAAUAUUACCAGUGUUCUGGCCCAGUUCCCAUCCCAGCAGAUAGCCAGUGUCAUCGAUAGCCAUGCUGCCACCCUGCAGAAGCGAGCCGAUCGCGAUGUCUUCUUCCUGACCACCCAGAGCAUCGUGCAGCUGGUGCAGCGCUAUAGGAAUGGCAUCCGUGGUCGCAUGAAGGCUGCUGUCCAUGAGCUUUUGCGUCAAUACUACGAUGUUGAGUCCCAGUUCCAGCAUGGUCACUACGAUAAGUGUGUGGGCCUGGUGCGGGAACACAACAAGGAUGACAUGCAAACUGUGGUGAACACCAUAUUCUCCCACUCUCAGGUGGCAAAGAAGAAUCUGCUGGUCACCCUGCUCAUCGAUCAUUUGUGGGCCAAUGAACCCGGUCUCACGGAUGAGUUGGCCAACACUUUGAGUGAAUUGACCUCUCUGAAUCGUGCGGAGCAUUCGCGAGUGGCAUUGAGAUCACGACAGGUUUUGAUUGCUGCCCACCAGCCAGCCUACGAGUUGCGACAUAAUCAAAUGGAAUCCAUCUUUCUGUCAGCCGUUGAUAUGUACGGCCAUGAUUUCCAUCCCGAGAAUUUGCAGCGUUUAAUUCUGUCGGAGACCUCGAUCUUUGAUAUACUCCACGAUUUCUUCUAUCACUCCAAUCGGGCGGUGUGCAACGCUGCCCUUGAGGUUUACGUCAGAAGAGCCUACACAUCGUACGAAUUAACCUGUCUCCAGCAUUUGGAACUCUCUGGAGGCUUGCCUCUGGUGCACUUCCAAUUCUUGUUGCCCACUGCCCAUCCGAAUCGCCUUUUCUCACGCAUGUCCUCGCCCGAGGGUCUAGAUCAGGCGGCUGCCGAAAGUUUGGGCAGUUCCUUUGUACGGACCGGCGCCAUAGCAGCGUUUGAUUCAUUCGAGCACUUUGAAAUGUAUUCCGAUGAAAUUCUGGACUUGCUCGAGGACUUCGUCUCACCUGCAUUGGUUAGUGCUAAGGUUCUGGAGGCCGUGGAGGCUGUGGAUUCCAUUUCGGACAGUCGUCAUAGUACAUCGAUUAAUGUAUCGCUAUCGGAUCCUGUGACCCGGGCAAAUGCCGCGGAGGAGGCCAAGUCCACCGAACCCAUACACAUUGUCAGUGUUGCGGUGAGGGAAACCGGCGAAAUGGAUGAUCUGCAGAUGGCCCAAAUAUUCGGAAACUACUGCAAAGAGCACAACGAAGAGCUGUUCCAACGGCGCAUCAGGAGAAUUACUUUUGCUGCCCUCAAGAAACGUCAGUUCCCCAAGUUCUUUACCUAUCGUGCACGCGAUAAAUUCGAGGAGGAUCGCAUAUACCGUCAUUUGGAGCCCGCUUCUGCUUUCCAUUUGGAGCUGAAUCGUAUGAAGACCUACGAUUUGGAAGCUCUGCCAACGGCAAACCAAAAGAUGCAUUUGUACUUGGGCAGAGCCAAGGUGUCCAAGGGACAAGAGGUCACAGAUUAUCGGUUCUUCAUUCGUUCAAUCAUUCGACACUCGGAUCUCAUCACCAAGGAGGCAUCGUUCGAGUAUCUACAAAACGAAGGAGAACGCGUUCUCCUCGAGGCUAUGGAUGAACUGGAGGUGGCCUUCUCCCAUCCCCAUGCAAAACGCACCGAUUGCAAUCACAUUUUCCUCAACUUUGUGCCCACUGUCAUUAUGGAUCCCGCAAAAAUAGAGGAAUCGGUGACUAAAAUGAUUAUGCGGUAUGGCCCACGUCUAUGGAAACUUCGAGUGCUGCAGGCUGAACUGAAAAUGGUUAUCCGUCAGUCGCCGCAAUCACCCACUCAGGCAGUGCGUCUUUGCAUAGCCAAUGAUUCGGGUUACUUCCUCGACAUCUCCAUGUACACAGAGCAAACCGAACCGGAGACUGGAAUUAUUAAGUUCAAGGCUUAUGGCGAGAAGCAGGGAUCUCUACAUGGUCAUCCCAUUUCCACACCCUACAUGACCAAAGACUUUUUGCAACAGAAACGCUUCCAGGCACAAUCGAAUGGCACUACCUAUGUCUACGAUGUGCCCGAUAUGUUCCGACAGAUGAGCGAACGUCACUGGCGGGAGUUCUCCAAGGCUCGUCCCACAGUCGACAUACGCAUUCCGGAUAAAAUUCUCUUGGAGUGCCAAGAACUUGUACUCGAAGGCGAUAAUCUGGUGGAGAUGCAGCGUCUACCCGGAGAGAACAAUUGCGGCAUGGUAGCUUGGCGCAUUGUGCUGGCCACUCCAGAGUAUCCAAAUGGUCGUGAGAUCAUUGUGAUAGCCAACGAUUUGACCUAUCUAAUUGGUUCCUUUGGCAUCAAAGAGGAUAUACUCUUUGCCAAGGCUUCUCAGUUGGCGCGUGAACGCAAAGUGCCCAGGAUUUACAUCUCUGUCAAUAGUGGAGCACGUAUUGGUCUAGCUGAGGAAGUGAAAUCUAUGUUCCGCAUAGCAUGGGAAGAUCCCGAAGAGCCGGAUAAGGGUUUCAAGUAUCUUUAUCUGUCUACUGAGGACUACGCUAAGGUGGCCAAUCUCAAUUCGGUGCGUGCCAUUCUAAUUGAAGAUGAGGGCGAGCAGCGCUAUAAAAUCACCGAUAUUAUUGGCAAGGAUGACGGUUUGGGUGUUGAGAAUUUGCGUUAUGCUGGUCUGAUUGCUGGUGAAACAUCACAAGCCUAUGAAGAGAUUGUAACCAUAGCCAUGGUCACUUGCCGCACCAUUGGCAUUGGCUCUUAUGUGGUUCGUUUGGGUCAGCGUGUCAUCCAGAUUGAUAAUUCGCAUAUAAUACUCACGGGUUAUGCUGCUCUCAAUAAGCUUCUUGGACGCAAGGUCUAUGCCUCAAAUAAUCAAUUGGGCGGUGUCCAGAUCAUGUUCAAUAAUGGAGUUACCCACAAGACUGAAGCGAUUGAUCUGGAUGGUGUAUACACAAUUCUCGACUGGCUGUCAUACAUUCCCGCCCACAUUGGCUGUGAAUUGCCCAUUGUACUACCAUGUGAUCGUGUUGAUCGUCCAGUGGAUUUCAUGCCUACGAAAUCUCCAUAUGAUCCACGGUGGAUGCUUGCCGGUAGGGUUAAUCCUGUCAAUGCCAACGAAUGGGAAAAUGGUUUCUUUGAUCGCGACUCAUGGAGCGAAAUUAUGGCACCGUGGGCCAAGACUGUGGUCACGGGACGUGCUCGUCUCGGUGGUGUCCCAGUUGGUGUGAUUGCCGUGGAGACACGCACUGUCGAAGUGGAAAUGCCAGCCGAUCCGGCUAAUUUGGAUUCAGAAGCCAAAACUCUGCAGCAGGCGGGUCAAGUAUGGUAUCCGGACUCCUCGUACAAGACAGCUCAGGCCAUCAAGGACUUUGGACGUGAGGAAUUACCAUUGAUUGUGUUUGCCAAUUGGCGUGGUUUCUCCGGCGGCAUGAAGGACAUGUACGAACAGAUUGUCAAAUUUGGAGCUUACAUUGUGGAUGGACUAAGGGAAUACAAGAAGCCAGUGUUGAUUUAUCUACCUCCCAAUGCCGAACUCCGAGGCGGAGCCUGGGCUGUGCUGGACUCUCUGAUCAAUCCGCGUUACAUGGAAACCUACGCAGAUCCAGAGGCCCGAGGCGGUGUUCUGGAACCCGAAGGCAUUGUUGAGAUCAAAUACAAAGAAAAGGAUCUUGUGAAGACCAUUCAUCGGCUGGAUGCUACCACCAUAGCGCUUAAACGAGAACUUGAUGAAGCAACUGCAGCUGGGGACAAGGUGAAGGUCGCUCAGCUUGAUGAAAAGAUUAAGGCCCGCAUCUCAAUACUCAUGCAUGUCUAUCACACGGUGGCGGUUCAUUUUGCUGACUUGCAUGAUACCCCGGAACGCAUGCUGGAAAAGGAGUGCAUCAGUGAGAUUGUGCCAUGGAGGGAUUCUCGUCGCUGGCUCUACUGGCGUCUACGACGUUUACUGCUAGAGGAUGCGCACAUUAAAAAGAUCCUGCGGGCCCAGGAUAAUCUAUCCGUAGGACAGGCCAAACAGAUGCUUCGACGCUGGUUGGUCGAAGAAAAGGGAGCCACAGAGGCAUAUUUAUGGGAUAAGAAUGAGCAAAUGGUUGCUUGGUAUGAAGAGCAAACCAAAAAUCAAGAAUCCAUCGUAACCAGAAAUGUAAACUCUGUGCGAAGGGAUGCAAUUAUUUCGACAAUUUCCAAAAUGCUAGAGGACUGCCCCGAUGUGGCGCUGGACGCUGUGGUGGGUCUUUGCCAGGGCCUGACGCCAGUCAAUCGUGGAGUUGUUGUACGCACACUGGCACAAAUGCAACUGAACGAGGAGUCCUCCUCGAAUACCCAGGGAUGAUGAUUCUUUGCUAGGUUUUAAGUUUUCUCCAGCCAUUCCCCCCCACCUUAACUUAUCGCAUCUUAGCGAUAGCUUCAGUGCUCUCUCAGCCCCGCCCCUCCCCCCUUAACUCGUGUAAUAUAAUGCAGCCUUUUGUUUUAGUUAAAUUUCUUUAACUUUAAAUUAGCUUAAAAAAAAAACUAGGUUUAUAUGAGAAACCCAAUUGGAUUUGUCUAGUAGAAGUUGUGUGGGUUAAGCCAUAAUCUAAGCUGUAUCCAUCUUGUGUAUAUACUCUAUAUAUAUACUUGCUCUCUAUAGAAUACAAAAAAACUUUCCAUUAGUUGUCUAAGACCCAAAGUCGUUUGUACACUUACACACACACAUACAUACAGAGCUUUUUUGUGAAUUAUACGAAUAUUUGAAAAUAUAUGGUAAAAUAUAUAAA